UUUGGAAAAAAUGUUCUCACCGAAAUUUACACCGAAAUUUCGAAAAAGAUGACCAAACUUUUCUCCCCCAAAAAUAAACCGACCGAAAUUUUUUGGUAUUGGGUUAUUUGGUACUUAAUUUAGUUCUAAAGAUGUUUUGCUAAUUCUUUGUGGCUCCGACGACGUUUUAUAAGAACUCUUGAUAGGGGUUUUGUUCUUUAAUUUGACUUGAUGUUGUGAAUUUCUCUUUUGAAUAGAAAGUGCCCUCUGAACAUGAAAUAUGUGCAGCGCAUCCAUGUUUAUACGUAGAAAUCACACUUUAGUGCACGUGCAAAAGUUGUCAACAAAAUUUGGUUGUUUUUAAAUAUCCGGGCACUAUUCUAAAUGUGCGUAGAGUGAAAAAAUGCAAAUGAAAGGCAUAUCUCGAAUUCCGGUGGAGGUGCGUUCGCAAGUUCUCAAACACAAGGAGUAUGUUGGAAUUGUGUUAGUAAGGUAUUUUGAAGAAAAUCAAAGAGGACGCUGUACUCUUGACGCACCGGAGAUGUUGGUUUCUGCAGAGCUUUCAAGCACGUUUGGGCAAUUGAGUAAAUUCUAUUUUGUUGACAAUGCGUCCUUUCUAGUACAAACAUCCUGCUUACAAUGAUGUUUACGUGCAAAAUCCAACUUAAAGGAUUUCAUGACGAAAAACAGCUAAAUCAAAGCUCUUGAUAAAGGAACAAGUACACGAAGAAACGAGAUUCAACCUAUUUGUGUGGCACAGUGAUGAGCGUGGAGAACCCGUCGCAUAACGAGAAUGGUCAUAGGACAUCAAAGAGGUUCUGCGCCAGUAGCACAAGUUCUGUGGAUAGGCGCCACUUCUUAAAUGUCCCUUCAAAAAAGGAUAUUUUUUGCAGGUGUCCAGAUGUCAGGAUAUUGUUUCUAGGCGGCCGUAAUGUCGGCAAAACAGCUUUGCUUGUUCGAUUUUUAACAAAGAGAUUCAUUGGGGAAUACGACAACUCGGCAGAUGCAAGCUACAUGAAGCAAAUAUCCAUCAAUACGCAAGAUAUAACUUUGGAACUGCUGGACCCCCAGUCACAGGAUUCAAGGAAAAAUAUUCGUGGUAAAAUAGAUUGGGCUGAUGGAAUAGUUCUCGUCUACUCUGUCACAAGCAAGAACAGUUUCAAAGAAGUUAAUAUAUUAAAAGACAUUAUAGAUACUACUUGUACACAGAAAAGGAAACCAAUUGUGCUGAUUGCAAAUAAGAUCGACUUGAGACACAACAGGACUGUAUCGAGCAGCGAAGGGCAGUUGCUAGCAAAGCGCUGGGGGUGCUCCUUCCUCGAGUGCUCCGCAGCUGUAUACUCCAGCGGUUAUCAAACAAUUUGCGAAGCGAUUGUUGGACUUUGCCAAGAAGUGCUAAGAUCCAAUGCAGUUAGCCGGGAGAUGGGAAGGCUCGGAAGACGUCGGGCCUCGUUAUCACCAAGACCAUUCCGGGAUGCAAUAUUCAAGAUGUUUGGAACGACAAAAGACGAUAUCCUAGCAUGCAAGCAGUCUGACUUGUAGGGGAUCGAGCGUUCACAAUACGUUGUAUGAGAAUACGUUUUAUGAGAAUACGUUGUAUGAGAAUACGUUGUAUGAGAAUACGUUGUAUGAGAAUACGUUGUAUGAGAAUAAGUUGUAUGAGAAUACG